GAAUUCAUGAUUUGACGGAUAAAAUCAAAACAAACCAUUUUCGUGGUGUCGAUUUUACGAGAGUGCGAUAAAAUCGAAGGGAAAAUGUACGGCGGCAAGGCUCCGUUGGAGGUUCUUUCUGGAGCCAACACCAAAACAUGGCUACAAGACAAAUAUGCACCGAUCGCAGGAGGAUUUUUCGGCUUCGGGGGAAUGUGCUACGCGAAUUGGGGCACCGGACGUCCGUUUCUGAGUGGUAUUCAGAGACACGUCGUUGCAACUGUGGGCUUGGCUGCUUUGGCAAUGAUGGUUGAUAAAUGGAGAAAUGCAUACUUUGCCGAAAAGGACGCUACUCUGCGGCAUUAUAUUGAGUUGCAUCCGGAAGAUUUUCCUACUCCGGAGCGUAAAAAGUUUGCCGAGGUAUUCGAGUAUUGGCAGCCGAUUCGUUGAGAAAUUGGAGCUGUUCAUCGUGUAAAUUACAAUUAUCGCUUAGAGGAGUAUCAAUAGGAUGCAUUGUUCGGGAGAGCUAUUGUGAAUAAAGAAAAAAUUAAUUGA